AUGGCCACCGCCACGGACGACGCAUACGACCGUUACUCGGCGCCGUCCCCGCCUACCUCGCCCUCCCCACUAUCUCCUCUCCGCCACAACUCGACCAACCUGUCGACACGGGUGCCCCGCAAGACGCGCAGUAUCCAGCUCUGGGUGCCUGGAGCGUUGGUGGGCUGCACCGUCCUGGCCGCUGCUGUCGCCAUUGCGCACCACGUGUUCGACAGCAAGCUGGAUGGACGCGCUGUUGAUGACACCCUCAGCCAGUCGUGGGCGGGCAGGAUCGAGAUUGGGUUAGCGACGCUCUUCCGGUUCCUGUUCACCUUUUCUAUCGGAGUGAGCGCGUGUCAGAUGGCUUGGUACUAUCUGCGGCGGAAGUCAUGGUCCCUUCACGACGUUGACGCCCUCCUGGGCUCGCCGUCUCCUUUUGCCAUUCCGCGCAUCCUUACGCGGACACCUUUAAUGGUCAUAAUGUGGGUCGCCUUGCUAGGCUCCUCCGCGAUCACGAUUCUCGCGCCAUCUCUUUCUACGACAACGGCUCCUACCGCGCCCAUGACGCUCACCGUUCCUACUUUAAACACGACCACGGAUGCAAUCAUGACUGACAUAUUCUCCGGGUUUCAAGGCGGCUAUGGCGCCAUUACGCCAGAAUGGGACAAGGCCGCGCUGACUUCCUUGCUGUCCACUGAGACGGUCGGAUGGCCGAUUCCCGCUGGCUGCUCUCCCGCCUGCAGCUACGACUUCACUUAUGCGGCUCCAGCGCUUUCGUGCCGCGACCUUGCGCCCAACGAAAUCUCGGAUAAUGUAGAAGCGCACUACCGCCCUAUUGCGCGCAACUUUACCGACCCGCCAACGACUUACCUCCUUGCUUACGACGUGGACAUGACCGCCGCGGGCUACCGCAAGUCUGCGCUCAACCUGACGAUGCAGAAUGCGUGGAAUGUCAACAACAGCCUGUACACCUGGACGCUCGCAUGGCUGCCGUAUAACCCGAUCAACAUGGCGGGAAGCACGACACAGCUCAUCAACGCUGCCGGUUCGUUCUGCACCUUCAUGAACGCGACCUACUCCGCGGCGACGAAAUACUCCAACGGGACGCAGACCACUUCCACCAAGGUGGUCGAAUGGCAUAAUCCGCUGAACCUGACGUACAAGCGCGACACCACCACGAUCGACUUCUUCGCCGGAAGUGCUGAUUCGAAGACGAUGUACGGCCCUGGAGUGGGUGGACACGUGCAUCUAAUCGCCAUGGCGGAUGCGAUAUCUGCGCAUUUGGCGGGCAAUGUAACGAGUAACGGUCGCGGCACUUUGACGAGCACAACAUUGAUCCCUGAGACGAACAUCUUUGCGCCGUUUGACGACAGUGCGAUCCUCAGCGGGCUGAAUACUACAGUAGGAGUUACAAAUGUCUCACUCGCACUCACCCAGCUUGUCGCCAACGCCACGCUCGGGUUUGUGCGCCUCAAUACCGGCAAGACACAAGUCUCCGCGCUGGUCGUCUCUUCCUCCUUGCACUAUGUGUACCACCCCACCUCGCUCGCGGCAACCUACGCCAUCGGGUUUGGAAUUCUCCUCGUGCUCAACGUCCUUGGCCUCUUUGCGAUCCGCACAAACGGCGAGACGUCCGACAACCACUUCUCGCGGCUCCUGCUCGUGUCGCGUAACCCCGAGCUGGACCGCAUCGCCCCCGCCGUGGUGGGUCAGCCGGUGGACGGCGUGCCGCCCAAGCAAGUCAAGCUCCGCUUUACCCCGGAUCUCAGCGAAGAGCAUCCUGUCGAAGGCGCGUGGGUGUUUAGUGUCGCACAGGAAGAGAUGAUGGGUCGUGUGCGUCGCCGGACGAUGAGCAAGGCCGGCGCCGAGGGGAGCGAUGGGUCGUUCGAAGUGAAGUAG